AUGUCGAAUGAGGAUUAUAAGACUUUUAAGCUUGGGAACUGGGAGCUGCAGAGCGGAGAGCAGAUCGUCGAUGCACACAUUGCAUACAAGACCUUUGGUGAUCCCAAGUCCCCAGCGAUUGUCUAUCCAACUUGGUUCUCGGGCUUACUGUCAGACAACUACUGGCUGAUCGGAGAAGAUAAGACACUCAAUCCCAAAGAGUACUUUAUCAUCAUCCCAGCCCUAUUCGGCAACGGUCAAUCUUCUUCGCCAUCUAAUCAGCCGGGGCCAUUUCCGAAAGUUUCGUUGUAUGACAAUGUGCGUGCCCAGUAUGAGCUCGUCACCAAACAGUUCGGCAUCACGCACUUACGUGCCGUUAUUGGCUGGUCUAUGGGAGCUGGCCAGACUUUCCAGUGGGCGACACAGUAUCCAGAGUUUAUGGACAUUGCUGUUCCAUUCUGUGGAGCAGCCAAAACUUCCUUGCACAACAAAGUGUUCAUCGAGGGAGUCAAGAGUGCCCUACUGAGCGUCAAAUCCAUUUGGUCAGCAGGAAUAGGUGAAAUCGGAGCACAAAAGACUGAUUCCAAGGUGCGUACUUGGACCACAGAGGAGAAGGAAAUUGGUCUGAAGGCCAUGGGCAGAGUCUAUGCUGGAUGGGGGUUCAGCCAGGCAUUCUAUCGUUACAAGCUAUAUGAGACAGUCCUGGGAUUCACCGGAAUCGAAGACUUUAUGCAGAAUUUCUGGGAGAAAUGGGCUUGUUCGAAGGAUCCGGAAAACAUCUUGGUGAUGCUUCAGACUUGGCAGAAUGGCGACGUCUCUUUGCAGGAGCCAUAUAAUGGAGACUUUGAAAAGGCUCUGGCCUCAAUCAAAGCUAGAACAUUAGUGCUGCCAGGAAAGACUGACCUUUAUUUCCCACCGGAGGAUUCUGAGUACGAGGUUUCCCACAUGAAACCAGGAGUUGGAAAGCUGGAUAUUUUCCCUUCAAUUUGGGGACACUGGGCAGGCGGUCCCGGUGAUAGUAAAGAGGAUUUGAUUUGGCUCGACAAGCAGUUGUCCCGCUUCUUUUCGGAAAACAAGCCUGAUGGUAUCACAUCUCUUUCGGAGAAGUUUGAAGGUGUACUGUGA